UUUCUUCCUAAAUAAAAAAAAAAAAAAAAGAGGAGGCGACAGCGGGCGCCGGAAGCUGCAGGCUCGAAGACGAAUGAGCAUUGUCCGCCGCCACCGUCACCGCGCUUUGGUUUUCAUCUGGCUAGCAUGACACGCCGCCCCCAUGCAAUGUGAGGCAGAGCCGGCUUGGCCUGCGGGACCAGUGCACACAAGAGUGGAAUGAAUAUUGAUUCCAUAUUCAGCUGAGCCAACAACAAGGAAAGACCAGUGGAUGGACAGCCAGUGGCCAUGGACAACAAUCAACGGGGUCUCCAUGGGUAGCUGAUGAUGACGGGGCAGCAGUGGGUAUCUACAGUUCCUCUCCCUCUCCCUCUCUCUCUCGGCAUGCACUUCACACUUUUGAUGUUGGGCACUGGAGGAGGAGAUCAAGACGAGCAGUGAGGAGGGAAGAAAGAAGGAAAGAAGGAAAGAAGGAAAGAAGGAAAGAAGGAAAGAAGGAAAGAAGGAAAGAAGGAAAGAAGGAAAGAAGGAAAGAAGGAAAGAAGGAAAGAAGGAAAGAAAGUGGUAUGCUGGGCCAAAGCCUCCACCAAACUGAACUACGCUUCUGUUCUGAAUCGCAGUCUUCGCUGGCAAGGCUUCAAAGGUGGUGGUGGUGGGGGCUGGGGUGUGGCAAGAGGCAGCAACAAAAGGAAAGGGGCAUGUGGAGCACGGGCUCACUGGAGGAAAAUAAAGAAGUCAGCACAGAGAUAGAGUUGAAAUCACACUGGACAUAAGCACAAAGAAAAACAAAAAAGACACGCAAAGGCCCAACAAUGCUGAACACGUCCCUCUGAGUCAUUGCUGCAACAUUGUUGUAGCUUUGGCAAGAAAUACCAACACCACGUUAGCGUAUCAACUGCCUGCAGAAUUAUAGUCCACGGUGUCCCUUUUGCUGUAGGUUUAAUACGUUGUCACGUUGCCUCUGCAAGGUACCUUACGCACGGCUCACCAUGGCUUGACCUGCUAUUCCUGCAAUUUUAAUGGCAAAACUAUGUACUGGUAGUAUUUUUAGUACUUGGUCAGCUGCUGAGCUGGAACUAUAUGGGUAACAUAAACCACUACUAUAGCAGACAUAGCAUUGUAACGUUUGAGGGGAGAGAGUUAGAAAUGAGAGUAUUAUACUCCAUUGUCUCCAUUUUGCCCUUUUCUUGGACGAUGCUCAAUGCGGCUUGAUUUUGUGCAGUUUCUCACAAUAUUACAAUGGAAAACACUCACUGGUUGCCAAAUGGUACAAUGGUAGUUUUAUGUAAUCCUGCCAACUAACUAAACUACACUGAAACGUUACCGCUUUUGCACUUGCCGAAGGUAAAACCUUUGCGUCCUUUCUCUCUCUCUCCUAGCACCUAUUAAAGUCCUCAUACAUAGUUUACUACACGCAAGAUUGCUUACGCCCCAGUUUUCUAAAGUUAACAGUCCGAGAGAGGUAGAAAAUGGGAGCAGCAAAGCAUGGAUAAAGGUAGAAGGAUGGACUGAGCACUGGGGAUGAACAAAUGAAUAGAAGAAGAAGUAGGUAGAGCGAAGAAAAGCUCUCUUAUUCACCCUGCCUGAAUCAACCGCUGGUAUGCUGCAGUGAAGAGCCCCCGCGGUCCGCGCCUCAAGGCCCCCAAGCCCAUGCUUGGCCUAUCAGUUUAAGAUCAAAAAGAGCUUGCUUUAGCAAGACAUAUGGACUGAAUAAUGCAUCUGGUUUACUUCCAUCAGCCUGGACCGAGCUCAGUGCCAAGAAAAGAGGUAAAGAGGUACAUUUCUCUUUAGGUAUUAGCAAUGCAUUGCUGGUCCUGCAGUGUCGGGUCAUUGUUAUUGGCCAGGCCAACGGUAGUCUGUAGCAUGAUGGGGAAAUGGGCUUGUGUGAUGUCUCAUUUGAAUAGUCUGACAGCCCAGCAGUCAGUUGUAAUGAAUUAUAAAUAUGAGGUGGGCGCAAGUCUCCUCCGCCCUGAAAACUGCAAAAGAAAAGGUGAAGCACAAAGUCAAGUUCCAUCAGAAGGAAACCAUGCGUGCAAGCCUGCUAGAGGCUAGUGGCCCCGGUCCCUAGUCAACGCAGAAAAUACUUCACAUGAAUAUUGACUAUUAAUGAAUGGAUGUAAUGUAUUUUAUCUGUGCAAGCUCUGCUCCAUGCUGUUUUUAGAAGACUUACCUAAUAUUGUGUGUUUGUGUAAAUGAAAAUUGCCUAAUCCACCAAAAGAACAUUAGUUGAAUAUAUAUAUUUUAAAAAAUACAUUUUCAAAACUCACUUAAAUAAUGUUAUUGAGCCUCGCACCCCAUCUAGCGGUAACCCAGAGAUACUACAAAGGUGAAAGGCAUGUCAUAUAAAUCUUUUUGUAAGACAAGGUUGGCCAAACUUCAGAAAAUACUAAAACUCUUUUUUCUCUUUUUUAAUUCACACAAUAUUAAAAAUUCUGCAUUUAUUAUACAAAACGGGACAGGAGAACAAGUUCAAUGACAUCCUUAAUGUCAAUUACGCAAUUACUUCUGUACACCUAGCUAGCUAGCUAGCUAUCCAAGUUGAUUACUGUGUUAUAGUGGGGACACGGCGGUAACAGCUAUUUACAGGUGUUAUCAAUUUGCUUGUUUGACUAAAUGGCAUAAGACAAACCAAAUUCAUCACAACACAGCCUGACUUGCCUGUCCAUGUCUUCUGUUCGGGGAAAAAGUAAUACUUAUUCCCCAAGUGAUCCGUCCCGACGUGCUCGCGUACUAAGCCAAAGGUCCUCCGUAAAGCGCCUACAACUUUGUUCAUAUUUACAAGAUACUGCAAAAGCAGAAGCUAUCAUUGGGGUUGUUUAUACAAGUGUUCCGGGGGUGGAGAAGCAUUGAACAAACGGCAUUCUGAUUGGCGAAUACUCAUUUGACAACCCAAUGAGCGCCUUUGUUACCGGAAGCGAUUCGUACUUUCAACAUGGAGGCUUAUCUGUUCCGGAGGCUAAUUGAAAAAACAACAAAGCCGUUUGAUGAAGAAAACGAAUACCUUAUAAUCGAACUUGUGUUCGCUAUUCCAUAUCUGCUGACAAAAUAUACUGUACGAUAAACGUGUUUAUACAUUGUAAAUCCCCACCUCACUGUAGCUAGCACGCUAGCCUUGUGGUUAGCAUUGUAUAGAUCGUGUAUAUACUCACGUACGUAUAAGCUAGCGUUUUGUUAUUUUAAAACAAUGCUGGGUUAUUUGGCAGCAAGGAGGGCCGGCCUGGAUGACCCCUUGCGAUUUAGACGUGCAGAGUCGACGAGGAGGGUUCUUUCCCUGCAGUUGAAUGUUGACAGGGAUAUGGACAGAAUCCACGGAAAUGGUGUCAACACCCUCGACAUUGAAGUAAUAGAAGGCAAAUACAUGCUGUCUGGAGGUGCAGAUGGUGUGAUUGUCAUCUAUGACUUGGAAAACGUCAGCGGAAAACCACAGUAUACUUGCGAAGCUGUCCGUACUAUCGGCAGGUCCAGCAAGUAUGUGCACAGAUUCAGUGUUGAGACAGUCCAGUGGUAUCCAUAUGACACUGGAAUGUUUGUAUCCAGUUCCUUUGACAAGGCGAUGAAGGUGUGGGACACUGAGACGCUCAAGCCUGCUGAAGUCUUUGAGUUUGAGAGCAACGUCUACACCCACCACCUGUCUCCGAUUGCCAGGAAGCACAGUCUCAUUGCAGUUGGCUCCCAAAACCCUAAAAUCCAGCUAUGUGACCUGGCGUCCGGCUCAAAAAUCCACGUCCUUCAAGGUCACAGAGCAGAGGUGCUGUCUGUGCGAUGGUCACCCCGAUACGAACAUAUCUUAGCCUCUGCCAGUGCAGACAGCCGAGUGAAAAUAUGGGACGUGCGUCGGGCCUCAGGUAGUCUUCUUACGCUGGACCAACACAAUGGAGACAAGUCCAAAGCCGCCUCUGAGGCAGUGAACACGGCCCACAAUGGCAGAGUAAAUGGUCUGUGCUUCACUAGCGACGGCCUGUACCUCCUCACGUCUGGGACCGAUGACCGCAUGCGUCUAUGGAACAGUGCCACAGGGGUAAACACACUGGUGAACUACGGGAAGGUCAGCAACCAGAGCCGUAAGAGGCGUCAGCUCGCCGUGUCUCAAGGCUGCAGUCCAGAGUUUGCGUUUGUGCCCUGCGGCAGCUCGGUCGCCGUGUACGCCAUCCAUACGGGCGAACUGGUCACCAUGCUCCGGGGCCACUACAACCAGGUGGACUGCUGCGAGUUCCACCCAGACAACCAGGACCUGUACAGCGCGGGGAAAGAUGGCAACAUCCUGGCGUGGGUUCCGGUGCUGCGUGCCCCAGAUGUGGAGGAGGAGUCAAAUAAGGAUGCUCCCAGACACUCGUCCGUCAAUCCUGCCUUUCAGGACACGUGGAGUGAUGAAGACUAAGGACGGGCUUUUUCAAGUUUCACCUGUGAGAAAGAGGACACUCGGGUACAUCAUUCCACAUGGAUAUUUCCCGCUAAGUUUCACACAAAGUGGACUAGCUAUCCCUUACACGCCUUUUGUGAUGCAGUGAUGCUGACACAAGCAUAUUUCAGGUAUUACAUGAGAUGGAAGUGAUAUUUUAGUGUUUGGACAGUGAGAGCGCUGUUAUGUACGUAUGCAUAUGUGACUGUCAUAGUCUUUUAUGAUGUGGUUUUUCUUGCACACGGCCCGUAAUCCUCAAAACGGGGAGUGACCUUACACUGAAAAACAUACAUUGGGCUCAUUGUGAUUACAGUAGGCAUCUGCAUGUGUGUUGGUGGGUCCUAUAUGCUGAAACCUGCAGCCUGAGGAGUGAUACUGAAGCACCUCCCGUAUGGCCCUUUUUAACAUAUUGCCUUUUGUAACCAUGUCAGAGCUGGCCAAAGUGAGGUUUCACUCAUCUUUCUAAUCUUUUAUCACUGAAAUUAAGUUGUCGGUAUAUCAUAAAAGUUUUGAAAGCAGCACACCAGUGUCAUUUUAUGUGUUGUGUAAAGUUGUAAAAAUAUAUAGUUAGUAUAUCAUUAGUUUGACUAAAUUGUGUAAAAAAAAAAGAAACGUUUUGGAAACGUACAUGUAUUACAUGUUGUACUAAUGUACAUAUUGUACUACUGAUGUCAUUAUGGUUGGCAUUAUGAUACAAUGUGA